CAGCUCCCAAGAGGAAGACAGCAGACCCAUAUCUCCUUUCUACAUAAGCAACCACCUCUCAUCUGUCCGGUGUAGAUCUGACCUGACUAAUGUUCUGGAGAGGACCAUCAGGUCGGCAGUGGAGCAGCAUCUCUUCGAUGUGCACAUGUGCGGAGGAGGUCAAAGUACGACGGAGGAUUCCGAGUGGACCGGGUGCUCCUCAUCGCCCGUGGUAACCCCGACGGCACGGCAGAGACGUCGGCACCAGAGGGAGCAGGAAGAGGCUCAGAGACACCGGGACAGGAGCAGAUCCUCGUCUCUGGGGGAAGGAGACAUCAACAAGGAGAACAUCCCAGCGGCCGGCAGCGUUAGCAGAACUAUCAGCUGUGGCGUCAGCGUGGGUGAGGAAGGAGUCUGGAGGGACUACCAGACUAGCCAGGGAGGGCUCCACCACGAGGGCCCCAGACCCAGGAAGCCUAAACACUGCCAUCAGAGCCCCACGCUUGGCCAGCUUAGUGACAACCAGGACCCCCACGCGCUAAAAGAAUGCAUAUCAAGAGUACAUGACGAAGCCGGGACAAACAACAUGGAGUCAUCAGACAACCGAAAUGACAGUCAAAGAAAGGACCCCAGUCUUCUGACUCCUUCAUGGACACGACUCAGUAGUAUGAAGAUCCAGGAGCUGCCUAGUAGCUGUGAAACGGCUGACAGGAGGGGGGUCAUCGGCCGGAGUUCGGACCAGGAAUGUGGCGAGGACGUACCCCGCUUGGACCUGUCGGCACUGACUGACGAUAACAACUGGGGAGGUAAAUCUUCAAUCCCCCCCCAGCCUUUCUUCCCCUCUUCCACACACUCCCUCAGUCCUCCCCUUCCUUCUAGGCAGCACAUGGGUGUCUGGGUGGCAGCUGCAACCCUCCUGCUCCCUCUCCUCCUCCUCUUGUUGUGGUGGCUCCUUCUGUGUCUUCAAGAAGAGUUAUGGACUCAGAUGCUCUUAAAGUCUCUCGGCUUCUAUAUCUGGAGAAGCUGCACCAUUACUGAAGGUGUUGUGGGUGUGUACACAGCUUGGCGCAGCAUAUUGCAUUUAGAUAGCAGAUCUUUUUUUAACCUUUUUGACAAAUGUAGCUCCUGUUUCAUCAGACCACAAUGGAGUUUUUUUGUUUACAAGUGAUGGGAACAGCAUAGAAUAUUGUGUUGCCGUGCUGCUACCAUGAGUUAUUCGAAGAGUGAAAGAGUGAGUAUUUACGGUUUGCACAUGCUGCUGGCAUGUUUUGCCGUUUGGUUGGCAGUUAUUGGGCAGUUUGUGGGUUGUGAAUAGCUUCCAGAUUGCUAUCGACAUUCAUUAAAGGGCAAGAUUACAGGUGAAAAAUACUGUACUGUUUAAGGGGGCGUUGAGGUUUUAUCUUUUCUUAUAGGGAUUGACAUUGAUCUUGUUUGAUAUGGUCUGGAUGUAUUGUCUUCCCAUUGAUAUUGCAAACGCUCCUGUCGUUUAGUUUUUUUAAGUGCGUAUGGUGUGUGUGUGUGUGUCUGCAUGAUUAGAUUAACCCUAGGAACAAUAAGUGUGUGUGUGUGUGUUCAUUAAGGUUGGAUUUC